GUGACGCUGUGCAGGUCUACAUAAGUUAGCAAUCCGGCUACUUUAACAAGUGUUUCUUAGAACAGGCGCUGUGCAUAACCAUACAUUUUUAGACACACUGGACGGGCUGUCAGGAAGCAUAGAUAAAAUCACUUGUGUGUCCAUUUAGAUUUAAGAUUACCGGAUAUAUAUGCGCAUACGGUUGCCUUAAACUGACGGACGUAAAUGACGGUACCUGCUUUCUCAAGGAAGUCACUUUUGUAAUCUGCGAAGCUGCAAAAACCUGUGAGGAGUAUGGCUGUCUUUGACGACUGCCUCGUGGUUCUGGAAGUGAAGGAUUUACCUUUUAAAGAAAAGAAGAAGUUAAAGCUGGCAAUAACAGACAAUGGAGGGACAAUUUCUUUUGUGGUCAACAACCAGUGCACUCAUGUCGUCACAAACAGCCUGGACAAUGUGAGCUCCAACCGCCAGCACAGUAUCAAGAAGUUCCAGAUCCCGGUGGUGGGGGUGGAGUAUGUGUUCCGCUGUGUGGAGAAAGGGACUCUACUAUCUACAGAGGAGUGCAGCCCACUUCCCCUUCCUCCCACCACCAACCCCCCUCCCUUCUCACAAACAGUGUUUAAGGUGACUGCCCAGCUGCCUGUGGAAGAGAAGCCUAGAGUUAAGUAUACACCCCUGGCACUUGCUCCUCGCACAGAGAAGGUGGAGAAAGAGACGGAGACAAAGAGUGGAAGCUAUCUGGGCCACCACAGAGUUUACAGUGAAUACGACAACGAUCUGCCAAAGUUCCCCUCUAAUUUUAAAGUUGCCAAAUAUUCAAUUUUGCGGAGGAUGAAACCUGGAGAAGGCUGGACAGUACUGGAGCUGCAGAGCUGCCAGAGUCAAGCAGGGCAGCAGUACCGUGUGGUGCGAUACUGGAGCAAGGGUCACGGCUGUAGGGUUUCAGUGACCCGUGACAAGCUUGUGUACUGCUCCACGUCAGAGGAAGCCCUCGAGGUGUAUGAGACUCUGAGGAAGGAACUCAACGUCAUGAACGUGAAGGAGAGCACCACACUGCCUUCACAGCCCCCGGACGUGGGCUCCAGUAAGCUGCGUCAGUUACUGCUGGAGGAGAAGCUGAACAGCAGUGCCAUCUCCCAGGAAGUGGGUGUGUUCGUAGAGCUACUCUGGACAGAAGCCCUUGGUUGCCUGGGCAACAUUCUCAACAUUCCCAUCACCGGCAUUAGUCUCAAUGAUGUGUGCCGAGCAGAGGGGCUGCUGCUGCAGGUACAGAAGGGGCUGAAGGAGGGGGCGAAGCAGGAGGAGCUGCAGAGACUUAUGGGAGAGUUCUACUCCCUCCUGCCCCACAAGCUGGAAUCCACUCCCACCACCAGGAUCAUAUCUCAGAAGCUGGACCUCUGCCAGUUAAUCAGAGACAUGCUGAAGGUGAGUGAGGCUACAAUGUGGAGCUCCACGCCUUCAUGUCUGGGAAAAUACCACGCGCUAAGGUGCAGCAUUGAGCACCUUUCCCCAGACAGCCCGGACUAUCGCAACGUCAGGAGCCUACUUCAUGGCAGACCAGUACAGAUUCUGCAGGUGUUCCGAGUGAGCAGGACUGAGGAGCUGCAGGUGUUUCGGGGAGAGCAAGGGAACGUACGACCCCUCCUGCACUCCACUGCUCCCAGCAGCUUCGUGGGCAUCCUGUCCCGAGGGCUGCUGCUGCCCAGAGUAGGAGUGGAGCAUCAUGGGAUAGAGCGGACAGACAUCGGGAACCUGGGUGGCGGCAUCUACUUCAGUGACUCGCUGAGUACCAGCAUGAAGUACUCUAAGCCUGGUGCGACAGACGGCUCUCGCCUGCUGCUGGUGUGUGAUGUGGCCCUGGGGCAGUGCAAGGACCUCCAGAAGAGGGACACGAGCCUGAGCUGUGCCCCCGAGGGGUACCACAGCGUGCACGGGGUCCGUCAGUCCCCCACAGUGCCCUCUGAUUUCGAGGACGAUGAGUAUGUGGUGUACAGCACAGACCAGGUGCAGGUGAAGUAUGUGGUACAGUUCAGAGCACGGGACGACCCAGUGACAGCGUUCCAGCCAACCGUCGACGUCUCCUCAGACACGGCCCAGCCAGCUUCAACCGCGGACCUAUUGUCAGAGGAGGAGGAGGUCGGUGCCGGAGGGUACAAGAACCCCCUGGAAGACGUGACUGCGGGGUUGCUGGACAGCACCGGCCAGCCGCUGCCCCUGCAGGCUGUCAGUGUGAAGUGCAAGCUCAUGGACUUGCUGACGCAGGUCAUAAUUUUUCAGACUUACACCAACCUGAGUAAGGUCCCAAUCGAGGCCAAGUAUGUCUUUCCUCUGGAUGAAUCUGCAGCUGUGUGUGGAUUUGAAGCGUUCAUCAACGGGAAGCAUAUAGUGGGACAGGUGAAAGAGAAAGAACAGGCCAGGAAAGAGUACAGGCAGGCCAUAGAAAAGGGCCAUGGCGCUUAUCUAAUGGAUCAGGAUGCACCUGACGUGUUCACCAUCAGUGUGGGGAACCUGCCCGCAGGGGCCACGGUCCUGAUCAAAGUCACCUAUGUCACCGAGCUCGUGGUCAAGGCAGGGUCCCUUCUCUUCUCCCUGCCCGGCAGCGUGGCACCGUGGCAACAGAGCAAAGCGCUGAACCAGCGGACUCAGGUGUCAGUGGAGAAGGUGUGUGUGAAUGAGCUACAGGAAGAAGGGGUCUUCACCCUGGAUAUGUCCAUUGAGAUGCCAUAUGAGAUCUUAAACCUGCACUGUGUGACCCACCAAGUGAAAAUCAAGAAAACGGAGUGUAAAGCAGUGGUCAGCACGCUGCCAGGGCAGACCCUCGGGCCUGACGGGUUCCAGCUGUCCUUCACCCUGUCCCAGGUCCACCUGCCCAGGAUGUGGGUGGAGAACCACCCUGACAAAGACAGUCAGGCCUGCAUGCUGGUGUUCUACCCGCAUUUCGACGCCAACUGCGCAGCUGGGUCUGGGGACGGGGACGGGGACAAGGACGGGGGCGAGGAGGUGGUCAUCCUACUGGACACCUCGGAGUCCAUGAGGGGCAUCCCCAUGCAGGAUGCACGCCGGAUCGCCCUGCAUGUGCUGAAAACCCUGGACCCUAAAGUCAGGGUGAACAUCAUCUCCUUUGGCACGGAUUAUAAAGAGCUUUUCCUGUUCUCUCAGCCCUUUAGCAAGGCUCAUCAACCUGCCACAAGUUUUGCAAUGACUUCCCCACCAAUGGGGGGCAGCACCGAUUUGUGGAGGCCCCUGCACAGCCUCAGCCUGUUGCCUCCUUCAAGGACCAUCAGGAAUUUGCUGCUGAUUUCAGACGGGCACAUUCAGAGCGAGGCCCUGACCCUUCGGCUGAUUCGGGAGAAUGCCCAGCACAGCCGCGUCUUCACCUGUGGCAUCAGCCCAACAGCCAAUCGGCACAUGUUACGAGCUCUGGCCCAGGCUGGAGGCGGAGCUUACGAAUUCUUUGACACCAAGAUGAAACACACCUGGAUGGGGAAGGUUUUGUCCCAGGUGAAGCGUAUGUCCGCCCCAGGCUGCAGCUCGGUGUCGGUGAAGUGGCAGCAGUUUAACCUGGGCGCAUCCCCGCCUGUCCAAGCCCCCGCCCAGCUGCACGCGCUCUUCAGUGACUGCCACGCCCUCGUGUACGGCUUUGUGCCACACUGCACUCAGGCCACCCUGUGUGGAAGGCUGAGCGAGCAGGAGAUUGAAACCAUGGUGUCCACCACAGAGCUUCAGAAGAGUAAAGGCACGCUCCUUCACAAGCUGACAGCGAGGGCGGUCAUUCGGGACUACGAGGACGGCAGCCUGCACGCUGACCAGGCCGAGCACGAGGGGAGAAAGGAGGAGCUGAAGUCCUACAUCAUUGAGCUGAGCAAAGAGUACUCCAUCGUGACCCAGUACACCAGCUUCGUGGCCAUAGAGGAAAGGGAUGCGGACGGGCCAAGUGCUGGUUUCACAGACAUACCCAAGCUGAUAGCCGAGGAGGAGGUGGAUUUUUUGCCGUAUAUCGGCUGGGAGGAAGAUGAAGACACAGAGGAAGAACUUUGUUCUUUCUACGGGUUGGGAGAGAAAGCCCCCUGUUUGGGCUCCAGUGUACCUUUCGAUGAUGACAUCUAUGAAGAGCUGGAAUCUGAUUUAAUGCAAAAUCUCUGGGAAAAGGGUGACCAGAUGGAAGCCCCGCCGGAGCCCCCCCGUGUCCCAGACGGCAGUUUAAAACUGAACAAAGCAAGCUCAGUUGAUUCUGUGGAGGCACUUCAGAGAUCCCUGGCCCAGGACUCUCUCGAAACACUCUGUUUAGACUCAGAGCAAUUUCUGCAGGCAGACGCAGGCAGUGCAGAUGAACCUGUGAUGAAAAGAGCACAGUUGAAAACUAAACGGAUGGGGCCUACAGUGCGCAGAAGUGCUGCUCCUCCUGCUAUUUGCUGGGGCUCUCCCUCUGUAGCUCAGACUGCAAAAGCAGCUUUUGUAGCUUGUAGUCCUGUUCCACCCUUCCAGAAAUUAACCUUCAUGCAGGCUCAACAUCAAGAGCAAAAGAUGCAGCAAUUUCCUGCCUCUCCACCUCCUCCUCCACCUCCAUCUCAUCCUGCUGCCGUCCCGCCUCCUCCUCCACCUCCAUUUCAUCCUGCUGCCGUCCCACCUCCUCCUCCACCUCCAUCUCAUCCUGCUGCCGCCCCGCCUCCUCCUCCACCUCCAUUUCAUCCUGCUGCCGCCCCGCCUCCUCCUCCACCUCCAUUUCAUCCUGCUGCCGUCCCACCUCCUCCUCCACCUCCAUCUCAUCCUGCUGCCGUCCCGCCUCCUCCUCCACCUCCAUUUCAUCCUGCUGCCGUCCCACCUCCCCCUCCACCUCCAUUUCAUCCUGCUGCCGUCCCACCUCCCCCUCCACCUCCAUCUCAUCCUGCUGCUGGUCUGGCUCCUCCUCCACCUCCAUUUCAUCCUAUUGGUACCCCUCUUCCUCCAGCCAGCUCAAGAGUCGCCGCCACUAUGGCCGCCCCCUCAGUGCUUGCCAGCGGUCUCCAAAUACUCCCUAGUCUCCAACAUCAGAACACCUUGUUUGGAAGUGGGCGCUCCCGGACCAGUAGUUACGCUCCCUCACCCAGGAAAAGCUUGCCCAUAAUCGGCACCGCUGCAGCAGAUGAUAAACUUACACAGGACACCCAGGCAGGUGGCUUUGGGGCUGCAGUCGGUUUUGGAUCCUCACCUGGAGCUUCACAGCCGGCUCCAUAUCUCCGUACAAAGUUCAUAACACAUGCAUUAGCCCCUUCACAACCCCUCUUUGGGGCUGCAGUGCCACAUACCAUUAAUCCUUUCCAGUUUGGGUCUGUAAGUGGUACUCCCAUUACCCAUUCAGGGUUCCAGUUUGGGGCUAAAGCUGGUGAUGCCGUUACUCCCUCCCCCAGGAAAAUCUUGCCCAUAAUCGGCACCGCUGCAGCAAAUCAUAAACUUUCACAGGACACCCAGGCAGGUGGCUUUGGGGCUGCAGUCGGUUUAGGAUCCUCACCUGGAGCUUCGCCGCCGGCUCCAUAUCUCCGUACAAAGUUCAUAACACAUGCAUUAGCCCCUUCACAACCCCUCUUUGGGGCUGCAGUGCCACAUACCGUUACCCCUUUCCAAUUCCAAUCUGUAAGUGGUACUCCCAUUACCCACUCAGGCUUCCAGUUUGGGGCUAAAGCUGGUGAUGCCGUUACCUCUUCAGUGCCUCUAUUUGAGGCUGCGGCGGGAAGUGCCAUUACCCCCUCAUUACCUGAUGUCCUUACCAGGUCAGAACUUUCCUACUCUUCUUCAUCAUCUGAGAACGAGAAGCGAGAGAAAGCACAGAUGAGAAUAGACAGAGGAAGAGGACAUGGAAUGGACCAGCUCACCGGCCUCAGAGAAAGGAAGAAGUCACGUGGGUUGUCAUGGGGAGAGCUGUUUGACCUUCAACACCAGGAUGGGUAUUGGGAAUGCACAGGGAGACUGGGCUCCAUUCUCGGUCUGGACAUAGAGUUCUUCGCCAAUGUCUUCCUGAAAGAAAAGGGCAUCAUCUCUCUGGGAGUGAGAGCUCAUGCGGACAUCCUGAGGCUGGUGGCCACGCUGCUGGUCCUCCAGCUGAUGCGGGUUAUGGGACUGGCUGAAGGCAGUCUGCUCAAGACCCUCUUCCGCCUGCAGGAGGCACCUGCACUCAAGUAGGUCUCCUCCUUCACAUUGUUUUAUAGGUCUCUGGCCUUAUAUUCCACU